CAAAUCCCAUUCCGCAAGCAGAAGUGUGCGACGAGAAUCACAGGGAUUUUCAUUAUCUGUCCUCCAUUAAUAGAUCCUAGCAUAAUUCUAGAGCUGCUCCUUGCUUUCAUUACAAUUUGAUCCUCCCCCACAGACAACCUCGCCAUUAUGACUGCGCAUCUGUCCCAAGAUGAGUUCUUCACGCACCUCACAGCGCUCCUAACCAACCAGUCCACCUCCCUCCGUGGCUCCGUCUUUCUCACUCAGAAGCUCCUUCCAGCCCCACCACCAGGCCGGUCCACGACGACAACCACUACACAAACCACCGCCAGCGCUGAAGCUCCCUCAUCCACAGAGAGAACAACCACGACAACCACUUUCCAACCCAACCAGUCUGCGGUGCUAAUCCGUGCUUCAAACGGGCGCCAUAAGACCGCCAAAGUGAAGGCUUCCACGAUCGUACAACCGGAGGAAUUGGAGGCGUUCUAUGCCAGAUACGCCGAGCUGUGCAAGGCGGGGAUGGUGGGGCUGAAGAAGAGAGAUAGAAGUGCGAAGAAGAAAGGGAAGGCGAAGGGAAAAGUGGUUAAGGGAUGACUUUGCGACUACUCCCGACGGUAGCGCGUCGUGUUGGUAUGCCGGUGGGGGGGAAAAGAAGAAAAACAGAUCUACGUGAGAUUUUCUACGCCCUUUUCUUUUUCUUUUCUUUUUUUUUUUUUUGGAUAAUUGUGGUGCAUGCGUUUGGCGUCUUUCUGUGGGGGGUUUGGGGCUCUUAAUUUUUUAUUUUUUAUUUCUUUGUUCUCACGAGCAUGUCAAAAACAGUGUUUAUUUGGCAAAUGUU